UGAGGGCUCCGCCAGGAGAGGAUGGGCGGCCCGGGUGGCUUUGGCAGCGGCACUUCCGCCGGGAGCUCGUUCCCGCGACCCUGGCCCGGGCUUCGCUUCACAUCUCCGCGACCCCGCCUCGCCUCGGCCCGGAGCCUCUCCCCUCGCCGGGGCCGGAGGCGCAGGCGGGGGCGGGCCUCUGCGCCGAGCGGCCAAUGGGGACCAAGCCUGGCGGCCGGGGCGUGGCGGCCCCGGCUCCACGCCUCCAGUGGCGGUUGUUUCAAGAUGGCGGGCGCGGCGGGCCCCUUCCUGCCGGGCUCCGCGUUCUGGAGCCGCGACUUUUCUGAUGAAGACCAGUCGGUGGCUUACGUUCCAGGAAUCUCCACAGAAGGAAAUACAAGAUCAAGAGUCAAGUUGAUAAAUCCAAAAGUUGAUGUUAAAGUUAAGGCUUCCAGGGUGACUGAUGCUUCCGUCUCCAUGGAGUCUUUAAAAGGUGCUGGAGAUUCAGUAGCCGAACAGAAUUUCUGCAAGAGAGGAAUGAAGAGUGCAUCAUUGAAAGAUUUAUGCCUUGAAGACAAAAGACGAAUUGCCAACUUAAUUAAAGAACUGGCCAGAGUAAGUGAAGAAAAGGAGGUGACAGAGGAGCGGCUGAAAACUGAGCAGGAGUCCUUUGAGAAGAAGAUCCGGCAGUUAGAGGAGCAGAAUGAACUGAUCAUCAAAGAAAGGGAAGCUCUUCAGCUACAGUAUAGAGAAUGCCAAGAACUUCUAAGUCUCUACCAGAAGUACCUAUCGGAGCAGCAAGAGAAGCUUACCCUGUCCCUCUCAGAGCUUGGAGCUGCUAGAGCGCAGGAGCAGCAGAUAACCAAGAAGAAAAACACUCCCCAGUGUUCAUUGAUGGACCUGGAUGGUUCCUUUCUGAGUGUAGCCAGACCACAAAACUACGGUCAGACCAAGGCGAGGCCUAAGUCAGCAAACCAGGUCUCAGAAUCGUUUACAGAAUUAAGGAAUAAUUCCUUGAGGCCAAUAACACUUCAUCAUCCCAAAGAAGAUUUAGAGAGGAUGUCAACAAAAACCAGAACAUGUACUUAUGAAUCUCUGGGGAGAAGACUAAUAAAUGCAGCCCCAAUAGAGAAAUCUCUCCCAGUAGAGUUGAAGAUAAAGGAAUACCCAAACCUUCCACCUACUCCAUCUAGUCAGUACUGUGGUCAUAAAUGCUCUGAAAGUGGAGCUUAUGUUCAUGAGAACUAUCACCCUACAAACAUGGCCCCUCAAUGUUGUAAGACACAUCCAGAAUCAUGCAGUCAUUGUAGGAUUCCCUGGGCAUCUCAAAUGCAUGAUCGAGUGAUACUGCAACCCCGAGAAACUGACAUUGAAAAACAACUCUCAGAAGAUCGAAGGCAACAGCUGAUGCUUCAGAAAAUGGAACUGGAAAUUGAAAAGGAACGCCUUCAGCAUCUCCUGGCCCAACAAGAGACGAAGCUUCUCCUUAAACAGCAGCAGCUGCACCAAUCCCGACUAGAUUACAAUUGGUUAAGAACUCAAGCUAUGUUUAAAUCUCGAGAGCUGGUUGCCGAUAAAGAGUUUCCUAAACCUGAUCUGGAUAUGAAUGGGAGUGUCUCUGGACCAAGCUUAUGGAAGCCAAAAUGUGAUGGAUGGAUGCGUGGAACCUCAACAUCCUUUAAAAAGUGCCCAGACUCUCCAAACAGUGGGCAAAACCAGAGGGAGAAGAAAACUGUUGAGUUUCAGUCACGUGUGGAGAAUGGUAUCCAAUGGACAUGUCAACAGAAUGAUAUAUGCAGACCCCAGAGAGAGACAGUAACAGGAGUUAGAAAAGAUGCAUCCACAUCCCCUAUGUCAACACGAAGCCCUAAAGAACCCCUGACGCCCGCCUCAUUAUCAUCCCAGCACAAAACCUCAAGAAACAAAUGAGUUUUGAUUCUGGAAAAUGGACAGAGCUUCCACCCAACCCAUCGGGAUUGGUUUGGCUGGAUUAGAAAUGGGUAAUCCUCUCAAUUUUUAAUAUCAGUGAAUUUUAUUACUGUUAAUAUUUAAAUAGCAUUUAGUUGGUUGGCUGGUUGGUUGGUUGGUUGGUGAUAGGGCUCAAAUGUAGGGCCUGUACUUGAUAUGCAAGCACUCCAACACUAAGCUACCCUACAGCACAAAAAUGUGAUCAUCAACACUACCUUAAUGUAUUUUUGGAGGUUGACGUUCAGUUUUAAAGGAAGCAUCAAAAAGAGGAAUAAAGUCUUUUUCUGUAAGGCUUUUGUAAAACAUUCUCAGCAUAAAUUUUGUGAAUGAACCAUAUCAGUAUGGUAGAGUAUUAUAAGCCCUAGUUUAAUUUGCUACAACUCAUAUUUACAGAUGUUUUAAAAAAAGGAUUAUUCAUCUGCUGGUCCUUAAUACUGCUGAUCGGCUAAAUAUAGAUUCUCAGGAGCUUUGUAAAUAAUAAGCGUUUGGCUGACUAAAAGAUUGUGUAGCACACUAGAUCCUAUCUUUAGAGGGGUUCACAAUGACGUAUCAUCAGGGUAUUAUACAAAGUGCAGAGUUGAAAAUUAUUUGGUGCUAUGAAAAUCAGCUACUGGGACAGCACAGUAGUGCCGCUCAAUCGUUAGCAUCCAAAGUAUUUGAAUCAUUUUCAUUUCAAAGUAUAUUCUAGUCAUUUUUUAUAGACUUUUUUUUAAGUUAUGUAAACUCUGGUUCUUCCACAAAUCUUCAAAGAGAAUAAAUUUUAAUCCAUAUUCACCCUAAAUUGCAAGUAUUUGGAGGUUUACAAAAGGCUUGCAAAAAAUGAUGGUAUGGUUCAGUGAUGGGGCAUGGGGAUACACUUUUCCUUUGUUCUUGUAAAACCCCUAAAACUGUCCCAUAUCAUUUCAUGUGCAGUCAAAGAAAACAGUCACAAGAGUCAUCGUUCCCAUUCACAGUAUAGGUUUUUAAUUGUUCUCUCUGCAGGCUGUCAAUAUAAUGUGAAAUUUUCAUUCCCUAUUCAAGAUGGAAAAGUUUGUGGCUGAAAAUGUUAACAUUUGCAUUUUUAUUUGUUGAUUUAUUUAAAGGACAGCCUUUCCUAUAGCAAUCCAUCACUUGGUGACACCCCAAAUAUGAAUAAUGUAUUGUAGACUUGUGGUUACAAUGUGUAAUAAGUGCCUGGGAUACUAAAGGAAUGUUAACCAUGUUGCAAAUGUAAUAUUUAUCAACUUGUAAAGUUUAUUGCUUUUGAGGUUUAAUAAUACUGACCAUAGAACAUUAAUAUUACUUAUCUUGAUUUUAGCUGGACAACUUUGUAUGUAGAAAUAUUCAUCUAUCUCAUGCUAACAAAAUAAAUAUGUAAUUUACAACUCAAGCAAAUAGAGCAUUAUAGUAUCCCCUGUUAGGAGUCAUAGUGCUUCUUUCUCCCCAUUUUACCUGUGACUACAGGUUGGUUGUGCACCCCUUAGUUGGGAAUAUUAAAGACAGUGAUUAUCUUAGCCCAAGAGGUUUGUGGGACUAAACAAAACAAUAGUGUUCACUUCUACUUAGUAAGAACAGGAAAUCCUGCACAGAUCAGUCCUCCUAGAGAAAUGACUGGAGGGACUUUCUCAUUGUGAGCACCAAGGCAAUACAUGAACCUUAGCUCUGGAAGAAAGCUGGGAUGGUCUGUGAAGCUCUGAAACUCCAUUCUUUUAUCCACUAUGAAGCCAGAGAUGGACAGGUGUAGCUGCUAGCGGCCACAGUUUACUGGGUUCCAGAAAGGAAAGAUGGGGUUCGAUGGGAAAGGCCGCAAGAGCCAAGACUAAGUUCUCUGAUCAAGGGCCAAUGUUUACUUAUAAGUCUGAGCUUAUAAAGAAGGGGAUCUCAUGGUCUCUUUGUCAGGAUUUGUCAGGAAAACAAGCUCAGCUGCUCAGCAGGUAGCUUCUUGCAGAAAGCUGCAGGUGUGCCAGACAAAAGACUUUACCAAGGUAGGAAGACUCCACCCUAGAUGAGCUAGCAACUGUGGCAAACAAGGCCUGAGUCAGCCUGCUCAAGGCUGGGGGACAGCACAGACAGGUUACCCUUUGCUUCUCAAAUGAAUUGUUAGGGGCACAAAUACUACUUUUUAUAUAGCAUAAAUAUAUGCUUUUGCACCUUCCCAGAUUAGGUAUGUCCACUGCCAACAAUAAAAAAUAAAGUUUCCAACCACCAAAGCCAAAGAAUUUGUGUUUAUUAACCAACAUCCACUGUGAUUGGUGUCCCCAUUGAGGUGCAGAAUUAUGUAUUUCUUCACUAUAAGUGACCUUUCUGAUUAUACUUGAUAUAUGCCAGUUUAAUCAGAAAGUACACUUACAUUAAGCAGAUAUUUGUAUUAACAUAGCUUUGAAUUUCAAGCCUUUUAUCUCAAACCAUACUAGGAGAUAAGGUAUCGUACUGCUGCACACUCUUUCAUGUGACACGGUGCGUUUCAUAUUGAAAUGAAGGAAGGGCCUUCUGUAAUUCUUCAGAACUGCAGAAGUGUCACUUUCUGAAAAGCUGAUGGAGUUUCUACUUCUCAGUCCUGGGACGAGACGAUGAUGAUUGUUCCACACUGAUGAACAGUGACUAAUUCCAUCCCCAUGGCUGCAGGAUUAAAUCCACAGCCCCUGAAGUACAAGGUCACUGAGCCCCUUCUCUGCGCCUGUGAUUCAUUACAUAUCAGGGCACUGCUCUUGCGUAUCUGUUUUCCUGUGACAUGGAAAGAAAAAAAGGCAAACCCUACACAUCAUGCCCAGCAAGAAAUCUUGUGCAACUAACAUGGAUGUAUCUGCUUCUAGAAAGUACCAUUUGUUUCUUUAUCUUGUUUUGCCUUUUUUUUUUGUUUUCAGAAAGAUUUGCAUUUUCUUUUUAAACUACAACAUGGAAGAUUUUUGAGGGUUUUUUUUGUUGUUGUUGUUUCUUUUUCAGAUACUGGCUAUGGAUUUUAUGAAACUUGUUAAGCCUAGGUUGGUGGUGGGGCCCAUUAAGUGUUAAGUGUUUUGAAAAAGCCAAUAGUAUAUUAAAGACUUAAUAUUAGUUAAUUAUUUUUUUAAAAAAUCGUGGUCAUUUGCAGCUAGUCUACAUGCUUAAUGUCUUGCUCUCAAGUGUACUACUAUCUUAGCUUUGCUCCUAAGCAUUUACACAGGGCUAGCUCCAAGUCUCUUUGGGGAACCUGGGAUUAUACUCUACCAAGCCCAAGAUGAAAUAAAUCUAAAUCUCUCCAGUUUUUAGACCAGUGGUUCUCCACCUUCUUAAUGCUAUGACCUUUUAAUAUAGUUCCUCAUAUUAUGACCCCAACCAUAAAAUUAUUUUCAUUACUACUUCAUAACUGUAAUUUUGCUACUGCUAUGAAUCAUAAUGUAAAUAUUUGAUAUUCAGGAUAUCUUGGUAUGUAACCCUUAUGAAAAGGUUGAUUGACAAACCCCCUCCAAAGGGGCUACAACCCAAAGUUGAAUACCACUUUUUUUGCACAGUAUUUUCAUUUUUCCUUAAGUAACUUCCCAUGAAAAGUACAUAUUUUUGGCUCCAAAUAUAAUGAUGUAGUUUUCAGAGUUUUUAGAUAAGGAACUGAUAGCAUUUUGGACCUGUGCUGUGGAGAGAAUCAAAUGGAAGGUAUCUGAGUUACUUUCAGUUGAUAUGAAAAUACACCAUGAUCAAGACAAUAAUAAGAGACAGCAUUUAAUUUGGGACUUGUAGUUUCAGAGGGUUGGAGUUCAUGACCAACAUGGUGGGGCCUUAGCAGCAGGCAGGCAGGCAUAGGGCUGGAACAAUAGCUGAGAGCUUACAUCUCAAACCGUAAGCUUGAGCGGGGGAGAGAAAUAACUGGGAUCCAUUCUCAUCCAAACUACCAAAGGCCUACAUCAAAGAUUUAGCCCAUGAACACUUUGUGUACCAUUUCAUGUUGCUAGCAGUUGUUUAGAUCAAGGUGAAGGAAAAAUCAUGUCAGUGUCCUUUCCUGAUUAUGAAACUCGUCUGUGGCAGCUGCCAGAGGACUCAAAAUCUACACAAGAAAUAUUUUAAUUAGUAACCAAGAUAUAUAGCAUUACCAUUAUUUAGAACUAUUAACAUUAUUUUAACAUUAACAAAAUACUUUCAGCUUGUAUUAUUUUAUUUAAGUUAUAGCAAUACCCUGUGAGGUAAGUAAGAGUAAUAUUCCAUUUACUAGUGAAGAAGUGAAAUGAAAUUGACAGUAUAACUGACUAGGAGCACAGACAAAAGAGGCCAGAAAUAAAACCUAAAUCUACCUUUUAUAACUUUAUGUGGAUGUGUAUGUACCUGCGUGAAUUUAUGUGUGUACCACAUACAUGCAAGUUCCCCAAGAGACCAGAAGAGAGUUUUGGUUCCCUAGGAACAGAAUUAUAGAAGUUGUGAGCCAUCAUGUGGGUGCUGGAAACUAAACACUGGUCCUCUGCAAGAGCAUUGAGAAACCAGCCAUAACAACAUAACUCUCCCUCCCUCCCUCCCUCCCUCCCUCUUUCAUGCAUGCACGCUUUUUCCCACACUUUCUAAAGCUAGGAUUUCAUUCAUUUUAUAAAUAAAAUGUAGAAUUGAUAUUUAUUUAAAAAGUUAAAAUGACCAUCUUGCAAACCUACUGUUGUUUCAAAAGGUAGUCUGGACUACCCUGUUAUGCCCACCUUACUAUGUUCUGCUUCUUUAACCCUGUCUGAUUCCCCCUCUAAAUCCCCUAUUUCAAAACCCCUUAACUCCAAACUAUAGAAGCCCUUUUCUUCCCCAUACCCAAUGCUGAGCUCUUAAAUACCGGCUUUAAGGGGGAGACAGCUGGGUACAUGAAUUAAAAAAAAAAACUUGCUUUAAUUAAUUUAGCCAUGAUGAUUUGAGUUUGAAGUCUUUCUCCUCACAUCUUUUGGAAUAGUCCCUUCCUAUAGAUACCUAAGCUCUGUGAUUAUUCAAAAAUGAAGCAACCAUAUCCAAAUCUUAGAAGCUACCAUCCUCAGAUAAGAGAAACCGUGAUGUUUGUCUUUAGGUCUGGAUCUCCUUACUCAGGAUAAUUGUCUCUCGGUAGCUCCAUGCAUUUAACUUCAGAUUUCACAAUUUCAUUUUCUUAACAGUUGAAUUAAAUGCUCUUGUUUAAAUGUACCAGAGCUUCAUUAUGAAGUCACCAGCAAAUAGCUACAUUUUAAAAAUUGUAUCACGAUGUGUUGAUACAGUAUUCCUCACUCCUAAAACCCGUUACUCCCUUGGGGUAGUGGUGCUGCAUACAUGGAAUGUGAACGCUCAAAUGGGCUAAGGCAGGAGGGUCUAAGUUUGAGGCCAGACUGAGCUACAUAGCAAGAACAAAAAAUGAUGACUUUUCUCAUUGUCACCAGAUACCUGAUGAGAACCGACUUGAGGGAGGGGGGAUUUACUUUGACUCACUAUGGAUGCACCUAGAGCAUGAAGCUGCUUAUAUACAUCUCACCAGACCAGGAAAUAGAGUGUAGUGGGUUGGCCUGAUGCUGCUUGUAUUCUAAUGCUAAUAGUGGUUUCUCAAGACAUGGUUGCCCCAGAGACACAAGAGUCUGUGCUAUGUAACUUGUUUCCAAGUUAUUUCUGACUGGUAAAUAAAGAUGCUGACAGUCUGAGUCAGGCGUGGUGGCACAUGCCUUUAAUCCCAGCACUCGGGCGGCAGAAGCAGGUGGAUUUCUGAGUUCGAGGCCAGCCUGGUCUACAAAGUGAGUUCCAGGACAGCCAGGGCUACACAGAGAAACCCUGUCUCAAAAAAACAAAAACAAAAACAAAAAAAGAUGCUGACAGUCAAUAGAUGGGCAGAAGAGACAUAGCCUGGGUUUAGGAUUACUGCACUGGGGGAUGGAGGGGUGGGGUCAGAGCAGGACCAUGAGUGGAAGAAGAAGGUAGGAGAGAGAAACUGCCAUGGAUAAUCAUGAAAACGUGGCCUUGAGGGCUGACCAGUUAGAGUUAAGAGAAACGCAGGUGAAACAUUGUAAGUAAUAACUUGUGGUUAUUGAUAGGAAAGUAGUGUGGAGGGUAGGUAACUGCCCAGCUCUUAUGCUGUUUAAGGCUUAUUGUAAAUAUAAAGGCUGUGUGUGUCUUUUAUCCAGGACCUGAAUGAUCAAAGGCUGGGUAUAAACCUCGGGGUGGGAUAGAUAAUUUCUAUAACAAUAGAGAGAUAUGCACAUGCUCAACUGAAUGCCUUCCCUUUUUUAUUCAUUUGGGGACCCACCCAUGAUGGUGGCACCCACAUUCAGGAUCUCCUAUCUCAGUUAAAUUUCCCUUAAAAAUACCCUUACAGACACACUCAGAAGUGUACCUAAAUAAUUCCCUAGGUUUUUUAUGUGAUAGGGCUAACAAUAGAAAUUAGCCAUCCCAAGCCCCAUUAAAAAAAUGUUGUGAUUGCUUAUACUUCUUUGUAUACUUGCUUUAUAGAAUAAGGUAAGAAAAUGAAGGUGAUAGACUAGGUAGCAAUACCAAAGGAGAAAAUGCAGCCUGAGGAAUCCUAUUAGGACAUUGUUAUCAUGGGAAUAAUGCCUGACAUUAUAAUAUUAUCAGUUUAUACUUAAGAGUGGUCUAGAAUUACAGUCCUUGGCUUCAGGAAAUACUCCGAAGUCCAGACUGUAGAGUGAGGAUAGUGUCUUAGUUAGGGGUUGUAUUCCUGCACAAAACAUCAAGACCAAGAAGCAAGUUGCUGUUCAAUACCAAAGGAAGUCAGGACAGGAGGUCAAACAGGGCAGGCACUUGGAGGCUGGAACUGAUGCAGAGGCAGUGGAGAGGUGCUACUUGCAAGCUUGUUUCCUGUAGCUUGCUCAGCUUGUUUUCUUAUAGAACCCAGUACUACCGGCCCAGGGAUGGCACCACCCACAAUGGCAUAAGCCCUUUCCCCUUGAUUACUAAUUAAGAAAAUGCCUUACAGCUGGAUCUCAUGGAGGCAUUUCCUCAAGGGAGGCUCCUUUCUCUGUGAUAACUCCAGCUUGUGUCAAGUUGACACACAAACCCAGCCAGUACAGACAGGAUCUAAAAUAUUUUAUUCCUCACAACGUUUUAUGCGGUGUAACCAUUCUAUAACAAUGAUACGUUACCAGUGAGGUUUUUACAUUUUUGGUUGCUUCCUUAUUCAUUGUCAUGUUCUUGCUAUGUAGUACAGAUUGGCCUUUGAUUUCCCAUCUCCUACCUCAGCCUCUUAAAUGAUUGCAUUUCAUGUGUGAACCUUCAUGCCCAGCCUUAAAAAUAUUUAAAAUAUAAGCAGGAGAGACACAUUUGUAGCAGGCAAACACACUUCAAAAUUUUAUAUUCAGUAUUCCAAGAAGUUUUGAAAUUAUCAAGGAUGUCUUUGGCCAGUAUGACAGAUCUCUUUGUCAGUUCAUCAGCAGGUGAGGGUUAUGCUUUCCUUGUGUCAGCUGAUCUCUGAAAACUGUAAUUAGUGACACCUUUUCAGUAUUGCUAUAGUCCUUGCUAUCAUUUUACAGUUUUUAACCUCAAGAAAUGCAGUUUUGGAAUUUGUCAUCUGAUUUGAGGUCACCAAAUUCCCUUAACUUUAAUUUUAAGAAACUUCUUUUCGGUCCCUCUGUUCUAUGCAUUUUAAUUCCUUUGUAGAAAAUUGUUUUUUAUAUGUUAUAUAAUGUAAUCCUCCGAAUCAUGAAGACAUAAACCUCCAAGAGGCAAUUCUCAAACACCUAAGAGCCCUGUAAUACCUGGGUUUAUAGGCCUGGGUUUCAAUGCUAGCUUUGCAGUUUUGAGAAAUAAUUUCACCUAAUCUGUAAAAUGAGAAUAAUAACAGCUCCCUUAUAGGCAUAUCCUGAUGAUUAAGCAAGAUACUGUAUGUAAAAUUCUUCACACUAUCACACUAUCCUGUUCUAUUCUAACUGCCCCAUAAAGAGUAACUGCUGUUAUAGAACUUCCCAAGGCCACAUAAGCCUGAGAAACAAGGUGUGCUCCAAGAUUUAGCCUAACACAAUAUUACGAACAUGGUUGAGUUCAGCUCAGAGGUGAGCAGUUCAGUUGUUGGGUUUUGUUUUGUUUAUUAUUUGGGUUUUGUUUGGUUUAGGGACUUGUGAUCUUCCUGCCUUAACUUCUCAGGUGCUAGUAUUUCAGGCAUAUACCACUAUACCACAAAUAUUGUAUGUUUAUAUUUUAGCCUUUCAGCAGACUAUUUAAUACAACUAUGUUGGACACUUCCAACAUGCUAACAUCCAUUUUAGCUUUCUCCUGUGCUCUGGGAAACAGAAAUUAUCAGGAUAUGGAACAACACAUCCUAAUGAUACUGGCCUCUCCAUUAAAUGCCAUGAAUAGUAGCUACACAAAAUGACUUAGAGACAAUCAAGAAUGACCUGCAUUAACAGAAUUUUUAUGAUCUACGGAGAUGUCACUGUGGGUAAAAGUACUUCCCUUAUAAAGGGGAAGACCUGAGAAUCUAUCUACAGACAGUAGUUUAUAUCAAAAAAGAUAGAAAGAUAGUCCAACACCUAAGGUUGUACUCUGAGUUUACAUGUGUGUCAUAGCACUCACACAUGUCAUACAGAAAGAAAAAGAUAAUUUCAUUUAUUAUUGACUGACUGAUUGAUUGAUUGAUUGAUUGGUGUC